AUGGCUUCCACUGCUCCUGGGCUCCCUGUGGCUAGGAAGAUAGUGGUAUACAGGAAUGGAGACUCCUUCUCCCCAGGACGCCGGCUAGUGGUCACCCACCGACGCUUCCCCACCUUCGAGGCAUUUCUUAAUGAGGUGACAGCAGUCAUACAGGCUCCUCUGGCUAUUCGGACCCUCUACACUCCUCAUAGUGGCCACCUUGUCACUGACUUGUCAGAGCUUCGGAGUGGUGGGGAGUAUGUUGCUGCCGGCUUUGAGCGUUUCCGGAAGUUGCCUUAUAUCUAUCCUGGAGGGGAAAAACCAGGCCGAAAAAACAUCAGGUUGCUGGCUCCUCCAACUCUCCCAAGACCAAAUUACAGGUCUCCUGGAAGGAGGAUCCCAGCCUCAAUUUCCUGCACAAUUCAGGUAUUCAGAAAUGGGGACCUGCUUAGCCCUCCUUUUAGCCUACACCUGCCAGGUACCUCCCAUCAGGACUGGGGUACAGUGCUGAAGCAACUGACUGAGAAAGCCAAGCUGAAGGGUGGAGCUGUGAGCAGACUCUGUACCCUGGAGGGGGUGCCAGUAUUGGGCAGAGAAUCCCUGGUGAAUGGGGGUUACUAUGUGGCUGUAUCAGAGGAUGAGUAUAAGGCCCUGCCUUACCUGGAACUUCUGGUGCCAAACCCCUCCCUGCCUGGUGGCUGCUGGUACCCACCAAGACCUGAGCCCAGAGCCUAUGGGCAGAAGGCAGGCAGCUUCAGGAUUCCGGUGGUCCAGCCUUCUAAGAAGGAAUCAGUUUUCUUUACCAGACCUAAAAUGGCCCGACCCCAUCUAAGAAGACGCCUCCCACUUCAGCCUGGAGAAAGGGGUGUGUAUGGUGCAUCCUACACCAGGAGGGAACUAGCAGGUGCCCAGGAAGUACCAGAGGAUGGGACUACAUUGACAGAGGUUCCCUUGGAUCAGAGGACAGAAGAAAUGGUAGAAGAAGCCUGUUUCUUGGAAAAUGUUGCCUAGGGUUAGAAAGACAGAGUGCUGAAAUUCGGAGUUAAGAAGACCAGGCCCCAGCUCAAACACUCAUUUCUGGACAGAUCAUCUGGAUGAGUCACUUAAACCUCCUUGAACAUGUGAGUAAAACUGAGAUUAGGCCAGUACCUACCUAAAAGAGGGUUGUGUGGAUCCAAUGAGCUACUCUGUGUAAAGUGCAUUGAAAACUUUUAGGAAGCAAUAGAAAUGCCAACAAUUUUCAUCUUUAGGUUAAAGAGAGACACAGAGCUCUGACAAUUAAACAGAAACACAAUAAUGCAGAAAACUCAGUCAAAUGGGGACAGCUCAAUCUAAACCACAUUUCUGAUCUCUUGGGUGGAUUCAAGUCCUUAAGAAUAUUAAGGUUUAAGAACUUCCUACUGUGAACAUCAAAGUCACAUGGUGCCAACAGUAUCUGAAUUCAAGUUCUACAGAGCAAAUAUAGUGAGUAAGAUAUACUAACAACAGAUUUCCCGCUCCCCUGCCCCCUGCCUCAUCCCAAAUGGAAACCAGAAAGGUUUUAAGAUAAGCUGUGAUUAGAAAACCAGUCCAGCUAAGUAGAUCAUCAUGGGGGAGAGAUGCAACAACUCAUGAAGCUGCUAAGUCCUUACCACACCAAUGAAGUUAGGGAUCUUUUAAAGUAAGGAAAUAUACUAUAGUCUUGUAAGGGUGGAGGGGUAAUUUAUGCUUUGGUACACACCAAAGAGUAAAGAAAACAAGAAUAAACAAAGCAUUGGUAUCAAUAAAGGACUUGAGCAGAUGUUAACAUGAAGAAGGUCCGGGAAGCACUAUUUGCUUGCAUGUAAGCCAAAUGGCAGAGCAGAUCUGUCUAAGAAGCAAAGCAUUCUUAGUGGUGCCAUCUUGCCCUCCAAAUAUUCCAUGUGGGUAUUCCCAGUGAUGUAGAUGCAACUGAACCAUCUCUGCUUAUCCUGUGCAAUCCAUGAACUCAUUUCCUCCUGCUCAACUAGACUUUCUUCCCUUUAUGGUCUAGAGGACCAUAGAUUUAGAGGUAGAAGGGAUAUGAGAGUUUACUCUUGUACAAUGCCAUCAUUUUACAUUUUACAAUGAGAAAAUGGGCUCAAAGAGGUUAAGUGACUUGCCCAAGGUCCUAGAAAUAGGAUUCCAGGGGGCAGCUGGGUGGCUCAGUGGAUUGAGAGUCAGGCCUAGAGAUGGGAAGUCCCAGGUUCAAAUCUGGCCUCAGACACUUCCCAGCUGUGUGACCCUGGGUAAGUCACUUAACCUCCAUUGCCUAGCCCUUAACACUCUCCUGCCUUGGAGCCAAUACACAGAAGGUAAGGGUUUAAAAAAACAAAUAGGAUUCCAACUCAGGUCCUCCAACACUAAAUCCAAAGCUUUGUUACACUACAGAAUUAGAUCCCAUCUUUCAUACUCAUAAUACCUGUGAACUGCCAGGGUUGCUAGGGUAGGUAGCCCAGUCCCCCAAUGUAGCAUAAGCUAUAGUUACUAAGGAGGGAGGUGAAGAAAGAGAAAUUAGGCUGCUAAAGGAACAACUAAUAGAGGAAGAUAUUCUAGAACCUGUUUUACCUAUGCCCUAUCCAGGUGACCAGCACUCAAAACAGAGACACACCUACCUGUUGAUGCCAGGGUGAGGUAGUAGAUCAGGGAGCCACACUGGUUGAGGCAAAGGGGCACCAAAUACUGGGGUUGAGGGUGAGAGAAAAGCUAGGGUCAGUAUACACAGGCAGCACUGAAUCAUCUGAGGGAGUGUCUUCCAGCCAAGGGAAAUGGAGAGUCGUGCUAAGUAAGAAAUAGCAUCCUACUUCAGACAAAAAAUUCAGGCACAGAAAG